UCACUUCCGUCAACUCUCAGGAGCUAAGUUAGUUUGUAAACGCUGAACGAGAGACAUGUUUUAAUAGCUGCCCUUGAACUUUGGAACAGAUUUCGCUCUCAGAUGUGACACGAAGGAAGGAACAUGGGCAGAAAGAUGCGGGCUGUUAAGUGAACGUUUAUGCCUGUUUUGACGACUCUACAUACUAUCCAGUCAUGGCGGGGAUCCUCCAAAGAACAUUAAAACUGAGGGCAGCUCUCAGACAUGUGAGCCCCCAUAGCACCUUCUUCUCUACAGCCACAGUCGGACAUUCACCUGUGGACCGCCGCAGUCCAUUUCUUCCCACCACCUCGUUGCAGUUUGGAGUCUGCUGUCGAAAGCUGCAAGCUGGGGCAGAUAGGCCGUCCCCCGCUGCAGCCCCAGAGAGGCUGCCUUUCUCCAGAGUAACUCCGGAAGAUGUAGCCUUCUUCAGGAAGAUCCUACCCGGCAGAACCAUCACCGACCCGGACCUGCUGGAGUCAAAUAAUGUGGAUUGGCUGAAGUCAGUGAGAGGUUCCAGUGAAGUGUUGCUGAGACCUCAAACAACAGAGGAUGUUUCUCAAAUUCUCAAGUAUUGUAACAGUCGGAACUUGGCGGUGAACCCUCAAGGAGGAAACACUGGGCUGGUUGGGGGCAGUGUGCCGGUUUAUGAUGAGAUCAUCCUCUCCACUGCCCUCAUGAACAACAUCCUGACCUUUGAUAGUAUCUCUGGAAUUCUGACCUGUCAGGCAGGUUGUGUCUUGGAGAACUUGUCUCUUUAUCUGGAGGAGAGAGACUACAUAAUGCCACUUGAUCUGGGGGCAAAAGGCAGUUGCCACAUUGGGGGAAACGUGGCCACUAAUGCAGGUGGACUCCGGCUGCUGCGAUACGGCUCCUUACGCGGGACUGUGCUGGGUCUGGAAGCGGUGUUGGCAGAUGGGCAAGUGCUGAACUGCUUGGCCAAGCUGCGGAAAGAUAAUACAGGAUAUGACCUCAAACAGCUCUUCAUAGGGUCAGAGGGCACACUGGGAGUUAUCACCGCUGUGUCCAUCCUUUGUCCACGCAAACCCAAAUCUGUUAAUGUGGUUUUUCUUGGUUGUGAGACCUUUGAGCAGCUGCUGAAGACGUUUCAGCUCUGUAAAGGCAUGCUGGGAGAGAUUCUGUCAGCCUACGAAUUUCUGGACAGUGAAUGUAUGAGGCUGCUGAAUACACACCUCAAACUACCCAAUCCCAUCUCUGAUUGUCCCUUCUACGUCGUCAUAGAAACAUCUGGAUCUGACCCAACGCAUGAUGGGGAGAAACUUCACAAUUUCUUAGACGAGGCGAUGACAUCGUCAUUGGUUACUGAUGGGACUGUGGCAACUGAAGACUCAAAAAUAAAGGCUCUGUGGUCGAUGCGUGAACGUGUCACGGAGGCGCUGACUCAUGAUGGCUUCACUUACAAGUAUGACAUCUCACUUCCGGUGGAGCGGAUCUACCAGCUGGUGACAGACAUGAGGGAGCACCUGGGGGACCGGGCCAAGAGUGUGGUGGGAUAUGGACACGUAGGAGACGGAAACCUCCACUUGAACGUCACCUCUCCAACCAAAGACCCCGCUCUCCUCGCUGCCAUCGAGCCCUUUGUCUACGAGUGGACGGCCAGCUGUCACGGCAGUAUCAGCGCAGAGCACGGACUGGGCCUGAAGAAGAGGAACUACAUCUACUACAGUAAACCCAGCCAGGCUGUGGCUCUGAUGGGUAAUAUCAAGGCCAUGCUGGAUCCAAAGGGCAUCCUCAACCCGUACAAGACUUUACCAGAUGACCUGAAAUGACCCACAAUGUCUCUUUGCUAUGGGUGCUAUAUACAGAGCUGAUGCAGGAGCUCUAUUUUCACUACAAGCUUAUUACCACAUGUUUAUGGCUGCUGAUGCCCUUUCCUUUGAUACCUUUUUCACACAUUGAGUGCAGAGCAGCAGGUUUUGCAGGCAUUUGCCAGGCAAGCCGCAAACACCAAUGUCUCAAAAGCUGUAAAAGGGAGUUUCACUGUCAUCUGCACAAAGCAGUACUUUCAGAAUGACAUCCACGUUGGACAAGCUGCUGACUUUGUUCCGUAGCAGUCUCUUAUCAACUACCUCUGCUGCUCACUUAAAGAGUAGCCUCAGUCUGAUCCAGUCCUUAUUCCAUCCAGCAAGUAGAUUAGAUUUUAAAUGAAGGACACUUUGUAUUAUAGAUGAAAAGCACAGAACAUAUUUUCUGGUAUUGCUGAGAGGAAGUGAGUCGAACGAUAAUGAUUGACAUCUUCAGUCCUUGUGCCUACUAGUUGUCACUAGGGGGCAAACAGAAAAUCAAAGAGUGAGUAGUGUCUGGAUAUGUAGUGUAAGGUCUUGUGCCUUUUUAAAAGGUUACAAUCUGUAAUGUGUGGACAGCCUGGGUAGUAGAGUUCAUCAUUUGAAUGACUGUAAUGAAAUGAGGAUUCCUGAUUCCAGCACUGCAGGGAAAUCACUUACCGGCUGCAGAUUGAAGCUUUAAAGGAAAGGUUCACAGUUUUUUGUGCCCAUAUUAACAUUAAAACAGACAUUGCCUGCUGUUUUCAUUCCUCCUGUGCGUACAUUGCUCUGGGAGUGGAGGAGAGUGGAGCUAAAAGAGUGAAUUCUGUUCUGAAAGAUACUCACUUGAGUUAUUAAACUCAGUCUGCUGAAGCUUCAUAGCAACUUCAGCUAGUUUGGAAAAUAUUUUUAACGCAGAAAGAGGACUUUUAGGAAGGGAUCUCUUUAUUACCAGUAUGAACAGAAGGGAUGAUUACAGCAAAAACCUGCUUCAGUGUUCAUAUGGAGACCUCGUUGUUGUUUUAAAGGACUUAUACUGUAAAACUGUAUUUGUAUCAGUACUCUCAGUUGCCAUUUUAUUAGGUACACUAAGCUAAAACUAAUGCAGUCUAAUAAAACCAUCCUCUACUUAUGAACAUUAUGUUGUUUUUGGUUGAACUGGUUUUUACGUGAUGAUUGAACUUUGUGAUCAUCAGUUGUGCUGUUGAAUUGUAUUAUAUAAAGAGGUUUUUCUUUUAUUAAUAUAAUAUAAAGACCUGUCAGUAUAACGCAAUACAACUAAAAAGCACCACAAACUGCAGCCUCCAAAUUGAUCAUACAGUUGAAUUAACACUGGACUGUGUAUUGGCAAGAAUGUGGUGAUACGAAACGUUUCAUAAUACAGGAGUUACGAUUUAGUAUAAUACGAUAUAUUACAAUACUGUAAGCAAAACGAUUUUUUUUUAAAUGUAACUUUAGGAAAACGGUCAUAGUAUAAAGGACACCAUUUGCACAAAAUCUGCAUAGAGGCUCUCAGUUUACAAAAAUCAAUUGAUGAAACAAAACAUCAUGAUACGAUAUUUUCUUACACCCCUAUGAAUUCAUUUUAGCUGCUGUUAUCAAGUGAACUUGCAACUGAAACCAUAACACGUGCUGGCUAAUCAUUAGGCAAGAGUGCAGUAAAUGUUUUAUUACAUAUAAAAAAGACAAAGCAACAGUUUUUUUCCAAAACAAACCCAGCAUUUGUGAACAAAUUCAUUUGUAACCGCACACCUAGGCAACUUCAUCUGUUUGAAAUGAAUCUUGAAUAAAACACUUUCCAAAUGAA